AUGGAGAAUGAAUAUAAGGUCUACACUCCAACUAAUGAGGUAUUCUUAACUGCAAGAGAGAAUGCAUCGAAUUGUUGUCUCUUGUUCUGUGCCAACAUGAGGAAGUUUAAGAUGAGCAUUAGGAAUGGUGAAGGUCAGGAGUUACUCAAACUUCGUCGUCCAUUCAGGUGUUUCAGAAAGGGUUGCUGUUGUUGUCCAUGUAUUGAAAGUUGUCAUCAAGACCUCGAGAUAUUCAUGGGAGAGAAUACUGCUCAACCUGGAAAAUACUUGGGACAUAUCAAGGAGCGAUUCUCAUUCUGUGUUCCAGUGUUGAAUGUGUUUGAUGACUCUGGUCAGGAGAUAUAUAGAGUGAUUGGAGAGUUCUGUGGAUGUGCCAACUAUGCUAUGAGUGUUAGACAGGGAUCUGGAACGGAUAGUGGAUGGGGCGAUCCAGGUGAUGAGGUCGGUCAGAUCGAGAAGCGUUGGUCAGGCUGGGCCAAAGAACUAUUCACUACGGCCGAUAACUUCUUUAUCAACUUCCCGCCCAACUCCACUACAUACCAAAAGUCAUUGCUUAUGGGAGCGUUGUUCUUUGUUGACUAUCUCUACUUUGAGAGGUCUGCAGAGGAUUAUAGCAGUUAA